GGAAGAGAGAGAGAGAGAGAGGGAGAAAAAAAAAGGUUGUGUUUUCUUCUAGACGUCAGAAAAGGCGUUUUUUGGUCACUUGGCUGAAAGUGCAUGUGAGUGAGAGUUGGUCCCUGCCCUAGAGGGGGAGAGAAGACAGGGAAGGGGAGAAGAGGAAGAGGAGAAAAGCAGAUAGCACACACUAAAAGAGGGGGAAGUCAAGUCAGUUGAGGGAGAGAACAGAUUCAAGACGGUUGGAGAGAGGAGCAGAAGGAGAAGCAGCAGGGAAAAAGUUACUGGAAAAGUUCAAAGAGGAGAAGGGAAGUUUUUUUUUUUUUUUUCGGAAGUUUGCAGAACAAGGAAAGUAAAGUUUUCUAAAAGUCUGAUCUGAGGAAGGGGGGAGCUGGGGGGAGAAAGAAGCAGCAAAGUGACCAGGGCAAGGGGUAUGGAUAGGGAUCUUGGCCUGGACAAGUCAGGACCCCCUAACACAAUGCGGAUUUUGGAAACCCCAGAACUUCCCCACAGCAGGAAGAACUUCAGUGUCAGCCACCUCCUGGACCUGGAGGAAGCAGCGGCCGCAGGGAUGCAGGGCUCCCGAGAUCUGCGGCCACCGAACGAGGAAGAGGACAAGGACCCGAUGACAGGGGGCAGCAGUGACAGCGAAGUGACGGUACAAGAAGGUGAGAGCUCUAUUUCUGGUUGUGCAAAAAGUGCGCGGAUUAAGAAGAAGCAGAGGAGGAACAGGACUACCUUUAACAGCAGCCAGCUUCAGGCCUUGGAGAGAGUGUUCGAGAGAACCCACUACCCAGACGCUUUCGUAAGGGAAGAUUUAGCAAGAAGGGUUAAUCUGAGUGAGGCCAGAGUACAGGUCUGGUUUCAGAACAGGCGAGCCAAGUUCAGAAGGAAUGAGCGGGCCAUGCUGGCCAGCCGAUCGUCUUCUCUGCUAAAAUCGUACAGCCAAGACCCCCUUAUAGAGCAGCAGAUCAGCCCUCGACCAACCAAUUUGGCCCCAGAUUUUAUGUCCUGGAAUUCUAACAGCUACAGUGCCGCUUUGCCGCCUUACAAUCCAAACACCACCUCUGCACCAAACACCCUGCCCACCCAGGGAGUCAACAUGGCCGACAGCAUCGCCAGCCUUCGCCUUAAAGCCAAGGAGUUCAGUCUGCACCACAGCCAGGUUUCCACUGUUAACUGAAGCCUGGCAGGAUACAUGGGAGACUAUUUCCAAGCCACAAGGCGAGGGGUGUGCUGGACACGCCACAGUUGAGCCUAUGGCCACCAGCAACAAAAAAAAUUGUUAAGACUGUGGUUCCAUUUUAAAGCUCCUGAUACUGCAAGAAGACGCUGUGAUGUAUCCGACAAUCAGAUCGGGGUCCAGUCUCCAGAUCAUGCGGCCGCAAUAUGGCCUCCCCACCGCCAAUAAGCCAUAUUGCAUGAAAAGAUACGUGUGAGUUGGGCAACAGCCAAGGUCCAAACAUCUUGGACAGGACUCUCGAUCCGUACAAAAACAUUUGUUUGUGACUGUAGAUAUUUCAUAGCUAGAAUUUCACACCAAUAAUCAAUAAUUUGCUCCAUGUUGUCCUAUCAUUCCUUGUAUGCCCCUCACCAUUUCUGUUUAUUGUCUAGGCCUCCCCUGUGUCCUUUUUUGGUACGCGCUGUAUAUAUGUAGAUACAUAACGUGCCUUGUAUAUAUGUCCUUUUAUGCCAUUCACCCCGAUCUUGAGGCAGCGUUAGACCCAUGGAUAGAUCUGUACUUUUUCUUGUCCUUCGGUACUUCGACCGUGAUGAUGUCACAAAAAUUACCACAAUUCCAUGAUACCCUUAUUAUAUCACCUAUGUCCUGUUUAUUGUAGUGUGUUAAAAAAUAUGUUUUAGUAAAAAGCAAAUGUGUACUGUCUAAUCUUUCACAUAUCAAAAUUAGGGUCGAUAGUCGAAAUCUGAUUGAGCAAGGCAAAAUGGUCAGAUGCAACUAUAAAUGGAACCCGGACCAGUGUUGCUUUCUUCUUACACAUAGGAAUGUAGAACUCUAUGAUACACCCACCCAACACCAUUAAAUAUAAACCAUAAUAGACACCAGGGUUGUGGCAAAACAUGGCUGUGGCCCUUUAUUGGGCUGCGUUAAAAUGAUUUCAAUUACAUUUUAACCUUUGAAAGAGACCAUCAAAAAAAUAAAAUUGUACUAGUCCAACAGA